GCUGGAAUCUUGGUUUCUUUUAGAUCAUAUGUAAUAGCUAACUACUUGUCUAGCCAAAUCAAGCUUAUCACCCGCCCCCCAAUUCUCUUAUUCUCUUAUUCUCUUGCCAAUUACAACGUGGGACGGCCAUUCUUAUUCAUCGUGACUUGGAUGAGAUACACAACAUCAUCCUCAAUCAGCUGAAGCUACACAGACCACAUCCCACCACCUUCUCACGCCCAACGACCAGAAGCUCACCAAAUACAAACACCACAAGCAAACAUCAUGUCCCGCCCAUGGAUCCUCAUCGCCCCCGCCUCCCGCGGCAUAGGCGCCCACCUAACCCGCCACCUCCUCCGCACAUCCACCGCCCCGAUCCUCGCCACAUGCCGCUCCGCCGACACCACCGCCGUAAAACACUCCAUCCUGUCCUCCCUAACAUCUGACGACCAAAAGAUAUCCCACUCCUCCCCCGCCGCAAAAGAAACAGAAGACCUUGCCUCCCGCCUCAAGAUAAUCCGCCUCGACGUCACCUCGGAACCCACAAUCGCCGCCGCCGCCGCCGAAGCAGCGACCUUGUUCCCUUCCUCGACGCACCACCUCCGCCUCGCGCUCGCUACGCCGGGGAUCCUGCACCCUGAAAAGAGUCCCUCGCAGAUUGACCAUGACGAUGCCCUGGAAACGUUUCGGGUGAAUACCCUGGGGCAGAUGAUGCUCAUGAAGCACUUUUCCCCCUUUCUCCCCAAGAAAUCUGUAAAGUUCUCGACAUCGACAGAUGAUGCUGAAUCGAGAGGUCUGCCUCCAGGCCACGCCGUCUGGGCAGCCAUGUCGGCACGCGUAGGUUCCACGGCGGAUAACCGCAAGGGCGGGUGGUACAGCUACCGCGCCUCCAAGGCGGGCGUCACUUCGUUGGCGAAAUCGCUCGAUCUCUGGCUGGCUGCACGGAGCGGCGAGAGGGCCAUGGCUGUUGCGUAUCAUCCGGGCACCGUCAAGACUGGGUUAUCAAAGGGAUUCUGGGAUACGGUGCCUGAGGGGAAGCUGUUUGAGCCCGAGUAUGCGGUGGAGAGGAUGUGUAAGGUUCUGACGGAGGAAGUUGGGAUUGAAGGGAGGGGUAGGUUUUGGGAUUGGGCUGGUAAGGAGAUUUUGCCGUGAGAAACGGGAGUUAUAACUGCUGUAUGAUGGAGAAAGGGAGACGGGGUGCCGUAGAUGGGUAUAUAGACCCUCAAAGGUGGGAGUGAUAUGAUCGUUCAAGAUAUCAAAGGGGAGACGAAAAGGCAGAUUUAGCAUCGUCAUCAUUCCA